AUGGUUCUCGAGGCGGUGAUGGUCGUUGUGGACAACAGCGAGAGCAGUCGAAAUGGAGAUUAUGCACCGACGAGAUUCGAGUCCCAAGCGGAUGCUGUCAACAUCAUUUUCCAGACCAUUACACAAGGAAAUCCAGAAUCAUCCGUCGGCCUGAUGAGCAUGGGUGGCAAGGGACCGGAGGUACUGGUAACCCUGACGACAGAUCAAGGCAAGAUCCUGGAGGGCCUGCACCGAACAAAGAAGAAGAUCCGAGGUUCAUCCCAUCUGGCAACUGGCAUUCAGGUCGCAAGUCUCGCACUCAAGCAUCGACAGAACAAAACCCAAAGGCAACGGAUCAUUGUCUUUGUGUGUUCUCCGGUCGAGGAUGACGAGAAAACACUCGUCCAGCUGGCAAAGAAGCUGAAGAAGGUUAACACAUCGGUCGACUUCAUCCUAUUCGGCGAGCUUGACGACGACGCAACACACAAGAAACUCGAGAAGUUCAAUGAGGCCGUCAAGAGCGGGGAGGGUUCGCAUUUCGUUGUUAUCCCACCAUCUGGCAAGCUUCUAAGCGACCAGCUAAUUUCUACCCCGAUUUUGCUUGGCGAGAAUGCUGCCAGCAGCUCCGGCAUGGGCGGCGGCAUGGGCGGAGGCGAUGGAGACUUUGGCGAAUUCGGUUUCGACCCAUCCGUCGAUCCGGAGUUGGCACUCGCUCUUCGCAUGUCUAUGGAAGAAGAGAAGGCAAGACAAGAGAAGAAAGCCAGGGAGGAGGCCGAGGCCGCCAAGAAGGCGUCACUAGACUCUGUCAAGGAAGAGGACGAGUCAGCUCCGCUGUUGGAUAAAGAUGGAGAAGCCAGUGGUAGCGGCGUGAAGGAGGAGAAGGAUGAUGAUAAGGGAGACAAGUCUAGCGGGACUGAUAAGAUGGACAUCUCAUAG